AUGACUAUUCUCGUUACCAUUUUGAAAAUUAACUAACGAACAACAGACAGGCAAAAAUGUUAAAAACUUUGUUAUGUUUACCAAAAGUAUCCACGUUGGAUGAAGCAGCAACACCAGCAGAAGUAGUGAAGGAAUACGCUGAAACUGCUAGCCCGCAUGGUAUAAGCAGAAUACAUUCGUCUAGACACAUUAUAUCUAGAUCGUUCUGGGUAAUCGCUUUUCUUACCUUCCUUGGAAUGGCAACUGUGCAAAUCAUGGUGAUAGCAGAAAAGUUAAGAUCAAACGAUUACAUUACUCAAGUAAAAGUUAAAAUUCACAAAAACGGUCUGAAAUUCCCAGCAAUAACAAUUUGUAAUUCAAAUGCAUACAGGUUAACAGAAGUAAGAAAACUGUUAGACAAAGUUCAUCAAAACAAUCAGUCGUUAUCAACACCUGAGGGAAGGAGAAGUUUCAGUGAUACUUUGGUGAAUCUUUCGAAGAAAGACCUUUUCAAUUUAGGUCAGCAGCCUGAAUUAUUCUUUAAGGCACAGACUUGUUCGUUUAACGGCAAAAACUGUUCCUACCCAAAUGACUUCAAAAUGAUUUCUCCUGCAGGUUUAGGAAACUGUUUCAAGUUUAAUCCUAAUGGGAACAUAUUUCAGCCACGAAAUGGAGUACAGCACGGAUUAUUUCUAGUUGUGAAUAUUGACCAAAACGAUUAUAAUACCUAUGACCCCGAGAUGCACCUACUGCCUGCCGGUGUGUAUAUCACUGUACGUAAUCCUGAACAGUCGACUGAUUUAAAAUCUUACUCUGUCCUUGCAACCCCAAACCAGUUAACCCGAAUUGCUUUAAAACAAAAACGAGCAAUUCUUUUAAAGCGUCCUUAUGAGGACAAUUGCACGGACGGAGAUGUCCCAAGCUUCAAACCACUAUAUUCUGGCAAUUAUAGCGUUGAUUCAUGUGUGUUAUCUUGCCACAUACGUGAAUUGUUCAAAAAGUGUGGUGUUGGAGAUAUGAACGCAGUGGUACUCUCAAACUGGAAUGGGUUAAACAUGACUAUAGCUAUCUCGCAAAAAGAGCUAACAUGCCUUGAAAAUUUUACUGCAAGUUUUAAUAAAGGCGAAAUUCCCUGUGAGUGUCCACCUUUAUGUAAAACUACUGGAUAUGAUAUGACAAUUUCCAACUCAGUGUGGCCCUCCAGCGCUAAGUUAAGAUUUUGGAUUAAAAAACUGAAUCUCUCAGAGCAAGCGUUUAAAGAAAACGUGGUGGCAAUCCAGAUAUUUUACAACGAUUUUUCUGUCUCUAUAGCAAUACACAAACCGUUAUAUGAUCGAAAUGCAUUCUUAUCCGAUCUUGGUGGACAACUAGGAUUGUGGGUUGGAUGCUCACUGUUUUCCAUACUCGAGAUUUUCACAAUGCUUCUCGAAGUACUUCAAGUUAUUAUUUUCCCAAAGAAGAAAGUUAAAAAUUCUAAAGAACAAGAAAAAGGUAAAAUAUAACGACUAAAAAAUUGGUAUAAAAUUUUUGAUUACUACAAAAUGAAACCGUGUGAAGCCCGUCGGUAAUUGACUACUUAGAUCGAUGACAUUGUUCUCUUGGACGAGCUUAUAUCUGCAAAACUACAUCACUUGAUUGACUAGAUGUAUUUAUUGAUUUCUUUUUUUUUGUAUCUUCUUGUAGCACGAUAUGCCUGAAAUAACCGAGUUUCCAACAAUGGAACUUAUUUAAUAACGUUGUCAGCGCUUCUUGUUUACUUAUUUGCUGAGACAUUUAUAAGUUGUCGGCUUACACUGUUCUUGGAAAUUUUUUAUUAACCGUCGGUUGCUUGCAUGUGUCACAAGGUCAUUCUAUCACUAAAGUCGAAAGAGUAGGCUUAAUACUUAUUUUUGGAGGUUGAAUCGAAUUUACGCAAGGCGUCAGCUAUUUAGUCAGCUAUUCAAUUCUCGUCCCCAGAGCUGAUUGAGACAGACCUUGCUUUCGAGGUUUCUCUCAAGGUUCUCUGGGAACAACAUUGGGAAAAUGCCCUUACAAGCUCAUUUUUUACUAAGAAGUACAAUUUGUGACUAAAGUCGGGAAGAACCGCCAAGGAAACAGACUAGAGACAUGUCAAGCCACCACUAGUAGAUGAAUUUUCAUCUGAAAGCACCCACAAGUCAUUCAAAGCUGGCCUCGCAUUUUCUUUUUAAUGUUCCAGCAACGAAGAACCGAUUUAUUCCCUCUAGAAGGACACUGCUUCAUGAAAAAUUGUUGUAGAGGUGAAGGAGGUGCUUAAUAUAGAUAAAAAUUGGUGUCGUCUGUGUAUUCUUGUUUGUAGAAUUUUAUGGAAAUAAAAGUAUAUUCCAUGACCAACCAUCCUCCUCCUCAAAGCCGCUAGCGCUUACUUGACCCACUC